AUGCGUCCAUCAUUCUGGUCUUGCAUAUUGAUGGCAGGCUCUUGUGUGGCUCAAGGGGAUCUUGCCGCGCUUCUAGGUUCUCAGGAUGAUCUAAGCACACUCCUCGAGCUCGUCGGACUUGUCGAUGGGCUGGCAGAGACCCUUUCCUCGGCGUCAAACAUCACCAUUGUCGCACCAACGAACCAAGCCUUUGCAGACGUUCCAAGAGACAUUCCCGAGGGCGCGGCCAUUGAGUUUCGCAACGACACUGUCGCUAUAGGUGCUUUACUUGCAAACCACGUCUUCAAAGGUGUUUACCCGUCGCAUGUGAUUACCGAUACUCCCACCUUUGCCCAGACCUUGCUCGACGACACGUACAUCACUGCUGAGCAGCCGUUCUCCAACUUUACUGGCGGCGCUUAUAACGGCCUGGUGAAAAAUGGAGAUGAUGUAUGCGUCCUAUCAGGAGAGCAGACUAUCUCUACCGUCACUCAAGCUGAUAUCACUCUGGGCCAAGGCAUUACAAUCCACAAGAUUGACACGGUCCUUUCUUUUGGAGCUCCAUUCCAACUAUUUACCUACCGAGCCGGCUAUCGCGCCAUGAAUGCCGCAGUGGAAACUGCUCAACUUAACAUUGCGUUAGGCCUGACUGGAGACGGCGUCCAAGGUGCCAAUAUCUCUGAUUUCACGAUAUUUGUGCCAACUGAUGCAGCCUUCACGGCGAUUGGCUCUGUACUCGAGUCGGCGGACCUGGAGACAGUUCAGGAGGUCUUACAAUACCAUAUCAUUCCCAACAAUGUCAUCUUCUCGCCGUCCUUGGGCAACGUGACAGUUCCAAGCCUACAAGGAACUAACCUGACAUUUACCGUAUUACCGGACGGUUCAGCCUGGGUCAAUAACGCCAAGAUUACGUUUCCAAACACUAUCCUAUACAACGGCAUCGCUCACGUGAUUGACAGUGUACUGAACCCGGAAGACUUUGAUCGAGCUUCCUUGGAGCCGGCUGCGCCAGCUUCUGAUAGACUGGCUUUUCCCAAUGCUUCUCCGGUUUCAAGCCUGUCCUUUUCCACUACCGCCUUUGCUUUCGACACCAUGACAUACACGACUACUCCAGUGCUGCUUGAGACCGUCGCCACUGUUGCGACGCAGCUGUCGGCCUCGGCGACGGCUACAGCGACGAGCACCCCGGAUGGUACGCCAUCGCCGGUGGCAACUUCGGAAGGUGGCGCAUUUUUUCCCGCUGCAAGCUUGGCGCUGUCUAUUGCAGUCGCGAUUGCUGCCUUUUUGGUUUGA